AUGACUGACACGCUGCGCGAUGAGGAGCUGCGGCCGGUUCCGAAAGAGCGAGCCGUCCUUGAGAGUUUCUUCACCCAGCUCGGCAUGUUCUGGUUCGACAGGGCAAAGGAUUAUGUGGAGAAGGAGAAGGACGCCAGUAAGAGCGCAGGGGCCAUCUGGGCGUCAUUGCUGGCCGCUCUCGCUCACCUGGCACCUGCAGAGAAAGCCUACCACAACAUGACUUUCCUCGGGCAGAAACUUGGUGGCCAGUCAUUCUUCAGCCGGAAGGAUUCCAUCAGGACCAUCUAUACAUCUCUGCACAAUGAACUGAAGAAGGUGGUCUCCAUGGGCCGUCACACAUCUGGGGGAUCCACACUCAAUCUGGAAGAUCUGCUGUCGCAUUUGUCCGAGCAGCUCUGUCACUUCAUGCAGGCCAGAAUAGAGAUCGCCGAUUUCUACGAGAAGAUGCAUUCCCUGGGUAGCCAGAAGACAGUCAACUCUGAGGAGCUUGUGAGCACCCUGGAGACCAUUUUGCAGAAGAACAGUUCCAGAUUUCACCAUCCAAUCCUGAGCAGUCUUGAAAGCAGCUUUCAGGUGGAAGUGGACAUUUUGACGCAACUGUUGCGAUGCCAGGCGCAGAUCUCAGAGUGGCACUUCCUUCCAUCUCUGCUAAACCUGCAUGGGGCACAUUCAAAACUGCUGGCAUGGGGUCAGGUUUUCGAACGCCAACGUGAGACCAGAAAAAACCUGUUUGGAGGCCAAUCGCAGAAGGCUGUGCAGCCACCACACCUGUAUUUGUGGCUACAGCAUCUCCAAGCGUCUCUCCUCGCCAAGUUCAGCUUCUACUUCCAUGAGGCUUUCAGCCGCCAGACGUCUCAGUCCGAUAUGAAGACCCAGACGGCUCGCACCUUGCCCGAUUACUUUGGCAAGAUCUCUGGUUUCAUUCGCAAGCACGAUGCUUCUAAUUUCUCAUUGAUCUUCGACAACCGUGGCUCGGAGAACUUUCAGGGACACGGCUACCAUCAUCCGCAUUCGUACCGUGAAGCCCCUAAAGGCGUGGACCAGUUUCCUGCUGUGGUGUCGCUUCCGGGCGGGGAGAGACCGGUCACACAUUGGCCUAAUGUUAUCAUGAUUAUGAGUGACCGAUCCACUGAGCUGAACACUCUGGAUAAGGUGGUCCAUUUCUACGACGAUAAAGUCCAAAGUACAUACUUCUUAACAAGGCCUGAACCCCACUUCACUAUAGUGGUGAUCUUUGACGGUAGGAAAUCUGAGAGGGACUCGAACAUUGUGGCAUUCCUACAGGAGCUAACAGGAUCGUUGAUGAACUCAAAACCCUUUACUACGCUCAAACCAGGCUCCAAGGGCUGAAGUUCAUAAUUAAAGUUAAUAAUUUCAAGUAUAAGAAAAAUGGAUUUGGUUGUCCAACCCACAUAU